CCCAAACACCGAUAGCGUCGGUGGAGAUUAAUACUUAUUAUUAUUUAUAAUAAAAAUAAUGCGUAAAAAAUGCCUGUGAGCUGUUUCCGCGCGCGCACACCAAAUAACGCCACGUACAGAAGCCGGAACUUUCCUCUCACCCCCCCUGAAAGCAGAGACAGAGCUGUCCACAAAGGCGACUUCUCCAGCUUUUAGACAGCAUCUGAUGGAGCACGGAGACCUGUAAAACACUCAGACUCGGCUCCGAGAGGACAGGGAUGUUUGGGAUGUUUGGGAUCGGGAAGAGAAAGCUCUUCGGGAUCGUUUCCGUGCCGCUCCUGGUGGCACUGAUGUGCUGCGCGCAGAGCGCCAAUGAACCAGGAAACAUGUCUUUCGUGAAAGAAACAGUGGACAAGCUGCUGAAGGGCUAUGACAUCCGACUGCGUCCUGACUUUGGAGGUGCGCCAGUGUCAGUUGGGAUGACCAUCGAUGUGGCCAGUAUAGACAUGGUGUCUGAAGUCAACAUGGUGAGUGCACACACAAUUUCUUCCACUUCCUGUGUGUUCAAUGUAAUCCUCUUACACUAUUAAAGCAUUUUAAGGAAAAAAGGAAAGUAAAAGGACGACUAAAUUCAGUCAAAAAAAUAUUUUUUAACAAAUAAUGCAAGAAAAACAAACAAAAAUAAAGCUUUCUUAAAAGAUAAAUAUUCGCUGAUAAAUAUCUGAUUAGCAUGUUCUCAUUUGCAUGCACAUUAUUAUUCGCUUUUCAUUCCUCAACUGCGGUUUUUAUUUUAGUCUAGCGCAUUGCAUUGUGGGACGCAGUGCAUCAUGAA